AUGAAGGAAAUCUCUAAAUCCAUCUGGGAAACCGUACCAUGGUGCAUGCUUUUCACCGACGAUAUAGUUUUGGUCGCAGAAACCAAGGAAGAGGCUAAUAGUAAAUUGGAAGAGUGGAGGGAAGCUUUGGAGGGGGAACCAGAGGUGACCAUAGGGGGAGAAGUUAUUGCAUGUACGUCCAAGUUCAAAUAUUUGGGAUCGACGAUUCAGAGUAAUGGGGAGAUGAAUAGAGACGUUAGUAAUCGUAUACAAGCGGGUUGGCUUAAGUGUCAAGCAGCAACCGGGGUGCUUUGUGAUAAAAAGUUACCGAGGAGAUUAAAACGUAAAUUUUACCGCGUUGCGAUUAGGCCGGCGUUGUUAUAUGGGACAGAAUGUUGGCCCGUAAAGAAGGUUUUCGAACAGAGGAUGGAUGUAACAGAAAUGCAUAUACUAAGGUGGAUGUGUGGUAAUACUAUGAUGAAUAGGAUAAGAAACCAGAAGUUUAAGGAGAAGUUAAGGGUUGCACUUCUCUCCGCAAAGACACGGGAGAAUAGGUUGAGAUGGUUUGGGCAUGUGUAG